GUGAGCCCACCUCCAUGCCCCUCAGUCUGGGGUGUGAGCUGAGCUCCAGCCCCAGGGCCCAGGGAGGGACUGGGCAGUCCCUGGAGGGACCCCCAUUUGCAUGGCAGCCCCUCCUCUGGCAGAGGGUGGGGGAGAAAAGGAGGCCUGGGCAGCCCAGCCCCACUGUGGGCUCAGGGCUGUGAGCACCAUGGCCUGGACUCCUCUGCUCCUCGUGCUCCUCUCUCACUGCACAGGUUCCUUCUCCCAGUUUGCUGUUACUCAGCCACCCUCCCUCUCUGCAUCUCCGGGAGCCACAGCCAGACUCACCUGCACCCUGAGUGGUACUACUUAUCCUAUUACUGAUUACUGGAUAAACUGGUACCAGCAGAAGCCAGGGAGCCGUCCCCGGUACCUCCUCUACUAUAAAUCAGACUCAGAAAAGGGCCAGGGCUCCGGGGUCCCCAGCCGCUUCUCUGGAUCCAAUGACGCCUCGGCCAAAGCGGGGAUCCUGACCAUCUCAGGGCUGCAGCCUGAGGAUGAGGCCGAAUAUUACUGUGGUACACCCGUUGGCAGUGGGAGCAACUACCGUUACCCACAGUGUCCCAUAUGA